GAUAUGUCUGAAUACGGGUGAAAAAACUAAAACCAACGCUGACCGGAGAGAGAAAAGCGCACAGUGGCAGAAUGAAGGCCAUUCCGGAGGAUUUAACCACGCUCGUCUCAGAUUUGGAGGCAUUUCUGACAGAGGUUCUGAAAGGAGAAAAUCUGAGCAAGAAGGCGAAGGAGAAAAGAGAUACUUUUAUAAAGAGGAUAAAGGAUGUCAAAGCCAGUUACCCUCAGGAUUUCAAGGAAAAACGAGAUGAAGAGUGGGAUGAGGUUGAGGAAGCAGACAGCAACAAUGACGGCAGUUCGCUGCACUCUGAGCGCAUGGAUAGGGACGAGGAGCCGGCAUACGAUGGAGUUCAGCAGGCUCCUCCAGUAGCAGCUCAAGAUCUUCAAGCUGUGUUCAAGAGUGGUUACCUGGAAAAACGGAGAAAAGAUCACAGCUUCUUUGGCACAGAGUGGCAAAAGAGAUGGUGCGCUCUGAGCAACCACACAUUCUAUUAUUAUGGCAGUGAGAAAGAUAAACAGCAAAAGGGAGAGUUUAAUAUCAGUGGUUAUGCUGUCAAAAUUAACAACAGUUUGCGCAAAGAUUCCAAGAAAGACUGCUGCUUUGAAAUAUCUGCUCCCGACAAACGUGUUUACCAGUUCUGUGCCUCCUCACAGAAAGAGGCAGAGGAAUGGGUAGAGCAGAUUAGCUUUGUGAUAAAAGACAUGGAAGGAAUCAUUCCUUUGGAGGAGGAGCAGGACACCUACGAUGACUGCGUACCUUUGAGUGCAGCAUCCAUACCUGCACCCAUGCCUGCACCCAUUGAUGACGAUAUCUAUGAGGAGCUUCCUGAGGAGGAGAUGCCUCACACUAAUAAACCAGCACCAGAACCGGUCAGCAAACCCCCUGUAGCACUUCCAGUGACAGCAGUAAAUAAGAGCACAGACUACCAGAACUACUUCCAGGGUUUGUGGGACUGCAAUGGAGACCAACCUGAUGAACUGUCCUUCAAGAGAGGAGAUGCCAUCUACAUCCUCAGCAAGUGUCUGUCGGUGCUUGUUGCUUUGGCUGUUUGUGCUGAAGACCCUUCCCCCUCUUCUCCAGCCGCAGUGACCAUAAAGCUGGUUGGAUUUUAGUGUCCAGCUGCGGCUUAUGGCCAAUUCAGUGCAGUCUGGAGAGCAGACUAGUGGGGCUAUUAGUGUCCAGGCUCCUUCCCCUUGGCCAUGCAGCAGCUGCAGGACUUCCCCUGCCCCCUUCCUCACUAUUGCCCAAGCAUACCCAAAGCCACUCUUAAAGGGUAUUGACCAUCAGACCAGAGGGAGGUGUCAGGGCUCUAAAUCACACACACACACACACACACACACACACACACACACACACACACCUCUUUUCAAAGCUAGACCAAAGUAAGUCUGAUGACAAGUUAUCACAGUUUGUGCAUAUUGUCCAUUAUUUAUCAGUAAUCAUUGUAAAGCCAACUCUUAUGUAAUUUGAAUAAAAAUUAUAUAUGCACAUUAUACAUGCAAGCUUUGGACAUUCUUUAUAUUUAAACACUUAGGUGGAAAUUGUUCUGCGAAUAUUGUUCACCUUAUUGGCGGCCUUUUUAUAGGGUUUGUUGAAUAGCUGUAAAUUUCCAUCUGUGACAUGAAUUUUAAGCAUUUUUUUUGUUGAUUAUUUUUUUUAUCCUAUUCUACAUAUGGAUGCAUGUACAUACCAUGCAUUAGCUAAUAAGGUUCCAUCCAUGCUUAAAUCACUUUGUACUAUGCAUUAGACAUUAGCUACAGACUCAUAUGCAUUAAGCAAAUCAUGUGGUCCAGGCUCAUACAUGUUCUAUGAGCUGCAAAACGGUGGAGCCAAUCCAUGCACUUGCAAUAAGCCAUAGUCCCAUUAGAGUUAGUUCCUUCUGAUAUAACAAUUGAUCUUAAGCAGAUAUGUGUGUAUGUGUCUGAAGUUGGUUUGGCAGAGUGUGAGGUCUUUUCCUUUUGCUGUUUCACAUGUAACACAUGCCUGCUAAUCUGUGAGUGUGGCCAUUCCUGCACACACUCUCAACACUCUCUGACACCAUGUGUGCCUUGAUCAGUGGCUCGGCCUACAGCACCAGACAAUACAAUGAAGUGUGGCUGUUUCAAAGGACAGCAACAGGAAGCAUACCUUUCACGUGGUGGAUGUUUAAUUCCUUAGCUGAUUUGCACAACCUGUUGUGUUGUUAUGUAUAUGGCAUUGACGUAUCCAAUUAAUAAAACUAGAAAACUGUUUAGGACACACUUGAGAUAUGAUUUUAAUAUCACAAGUAUGGUUAAAAAAAGAACAACUUGUUAGGUAUAGCUUCUCUCAUGUUCUUUGCUGGUAUUUAUACAGCACUGUUUUAUGCUCAAGAAAAGAGAACACAGGUCUAGACUGUUGCGGGCCACUGUCUGUUUCUCCAUUACAGUUUAUAUCUGUGGGAGCUGUCAGCAGCAGCAUUAAGUUGCCUGGAGUUUUAUAGGUCGAUAUGUGCUCAUAUGCACUAAGAGCUUGGCUAUCUAGGAGCAGACAUUUUACAUCUGCCCCUACUGCACAACCGGAAUCACUUAAGUUCCUGUGGGUCAAGCGCAGGACCGCAGAAAGUUCAUAUUUAACUUCUGCAGUGCUAUAAUGCAAACCACAUCUCUUGUUUCAUUCCACGUGGAGAGACAUUGUCUCCUGCAAUAAGCCAGUGAAAGAGGAAGGAUGGAUGGAGGGUAUCUGGUCUGCUCGGAGGAGAUCAAAGCCUGGUGUGUCAGAGAGAAGAGAGGCUAUAAAAGUCACUGCACACCAUGAAGAAUCGGCUGCUGUAGGAUGGAGUACACUAGAUAGAGAUGUUUGAGGCCAGACCAGCUUUAGCUCUUGUAAGGCUGGAUUUUUCAGUUUAAACCUGGUUAUGGAUAUUCUGUUACUGUAGAUUCUGCUUUAAAAAACUUAAUCAGUGAACACAGAAGCGGGAGAAGCCACAUUUGAGCUGCAAACAUAUACAAACUUUCUGGAUUUAGACCAUUAUCUUUAGUCAAUCUGAAAUGGAAGUUUGCAAGUAUUGGAAAUGAAUACUUGUUUUGUAUAUUUGAACCUCUCAUAUAUUUGGGAUCUGAAAAAUCGGCAAUCCCGCCCACUGUGUUGUUUUC